AUGCAGAUGUACAAUCCCCCAUCUGACUCCUGCAAGGAAGAAGGGAGAAACCCGGGAAGAGAGGCCGUUCCAGCUGUUGGGAUACGCACAGGCUCGCCGCUAAGAACACUCUUCACUAGCUCCCUCGAGCAGCAGGCCCUCCCGGCCUGCUUUCCCAGGGAAGCUUUAGCCGAUCGUCCCGACUCCUCGUGGCAUCAGGCAGCCUUUCCUUGGGGGAGAGGCUGUCGCUCGUGGCCUGCAGGCCCCUCUGGAGGGAGGGAAGCGCGUGUAGGUGUUACAGGGAGCAAGCCAGCAAGGCGCAAGACCAGCAGCAAAAUCAUGGUAACGUCUGGUGGGACUGGACGCUCUCCCCUCAGCAUCCUGCAGGAUGAUAAUUCCCCCAGUGCUCUUGCACCUCGCCAGGGUAAGAGGCAUGUAUUGGGGGAGAACCUUGGGGACAGGAAGGAAGUGACAGUGGAUCUGAGCAGGAACCUGAAAUCUGGGAGCUGUACCUGGAGCGACUUGAACAAAGAGAAUCAGCAGUGUUCUUUUGUGGAGAACUAGAUCUUCUUUCCCUGGASCUUACUGCAGUUCUCCUCUACGCUUUGAACCUUCUAGGUGUGAGAAAGCCUGCAACAGACUGAAACUCCAGACUUACAGUUGCUUUUCUCAUUUUUCCCUGUUGGGGAGGAGCUAUGUUCUCCUAAAAUUGUAGGUGUUAUGUACAGUGCUUGCUUUGACUCUUCUACUAAAGUCAGCUGUACUAACUCAUAUGUCACUCUUAUCUGUUUAAACAAAAAAAAAAAAAAAAAA